AUGACAUACACGCAUUCCUGGUCAAGCUCACCCCAAGUGACGGCAUACCUUUUGCCAGCGGCCCAUUUCGCCGCGCAGGCGACGUACGGCGAAGAUGACGAGGAGUGGGAGGACAUGGAUGACGAGAUGUUGGCAGAGCAGGAGGAAGAGGAGAGCCGUGCCAAAGAUCACGAGUUCGAGGCCAGGAUGCCCGAGGAGCCGCAGAAAAGCGUGUGUUACAAGGUCAAGCAGACAGCCACGCGGAAGGGCACGCGGCUCGUCUCCCGGCCCGAGGAGUUCGCCACGCCCACAGGGAAGAAGAUCUACCAGGGAGAUGAGUUCAUGAGCAAGAGCGUGAGCGGCUCGCCCUUGGGUCUGCAUUUUAUUGAGCUCGCGGACGGUCGCGGCUGGUUUCCAUGGGACCGGAAAGAUCUGCUGCAGAGGUUUAGCCUGACUGCACGGCAAUACAGCAAGGGGCAGCGAGUGGAGGCGAAGGAGACCAUCGAGUAUGGGUCCGGUGACAUCGUCAAGCCGGGCGCCAUCACAGCCAUGGCUAUUGGCAUGGAUUUGCUGAAGCUUCCGAAUUGUUUCGCCAGGCGCGGGGAGAAGCGUGGCAACACACGGGCCUAUGCGCAGGUGGUCUGUGGAACAGGGCUUCUGCUGGGCAUUACUACCUGGUUCAUCCAAUCGAGCGCUUCGGCGCUAGGAUUGCUCCGAGGCGAAUGGCUGGGUGGUCACAACAGCCUGGGCAUCACCGUGGCUGUGAACCUCGCGUAUGUGGCCCUAGCGCGCCUGUUGGUGCGCACGACACCCACGGCGGAGGGCAGCGGCUACCCGCAGAUGAAGGCCAUGUUCUUUGGCAAUGUGACGCUGGCGGAUUCGAGUUUGAGCCGAGCCCCGGCCUCCUUGGUUUUCCUAUCUGUCCGCACCUUCUGUGUCAAGGCUGCCAGCCUGAUACUGGUCGUGGCCGCCGGACUUCCCAUAGGGCAGGAAGGUCCCAACGUGCACCUCGCCGCUUGCCUGGCGCGGCACAUUCGUCCAAAGUUCUUCGAGCGGAACCUCCAAUCUGAAAUUUCCGUGCACAUCCUCCACGCGGCGUGCGCCUGCGGAGUGGCAGCGACCUUUUCCUCGCCGUUGGGUGGCGUGCUCCUAUCCCUGGAGCUGAUGCUACCACAAAUCUACACAUUUCAGGUGUAUUGGGGAUGCUUUGUUGCCGCCUUCUGUGGGGCCGUGUCAACGUAUCUCCUCAAGUCCUGGGACUCUGGCGCGGGCUACGCUCAGCUGCUGGAUUCCGACGUCUCCCCCAACGAAGGGAUGGUGAGGAACUAUCCCUUGGGCUGUGCGGUAUUCUGCCUCAUCAUUGGCGCCGUUUUCGGCCUACUGGGUGGCGCUUUCAACUUGAUGCAUGACCGCAUGGCCCGACUCUCUUCCAAGUUCUGCUCUGGGCGUGGGCCGGUGCGCGGCUUGCGCUGGCGGGACUUGGCGAUGCGAAUCCUGAGAGACAACUUGUCUUGGGUCGACAUCCGGGAGUUGGUACUGUCCUUCUCCGGAGCUGCCAGGGCACAGGAGACCCAGAGGGUCCUUCAUCGCGAGCUCCCCGGAAUAGAGUUUAUUCGGUUUCGCAAUCCCACUGGUCGCGCCGGCAAGAGCGAGAUAUUGCAGCAGAUCCGACGUCAGCGGAGCUAG